CCACCACACUCGACAUCAUAAGCCUUUCAAGUUUUCUAGGAUUGAUCAAACAAACAAAAGAUUCAAACAGAGACCUCAAAGAAAAGAAAGGGAAAGGGACUAUUAGACCCCAGUUUGCUGCUUAAUUGCCCCUAAAAUGCCUAACCUACACUAUUCUUUUUUACUCUUUUUCCCAUAUUAGUAUUUUAUUAGCCUCAUCAGUCAUCUUCUUCGAACUCUCCUAUAUUUAUAUAUCCCCUUUCUCUUAAUUUCUUACUUUCAUGGCAUUCUUGACUCCCUGCUGAAAUAUCCUCACCUUUUUUUUUUCUUGUGUUCUUUAGUUUCUUUACAGAUCUUUGUGUUUGAAUUCACUCUUUCUCUUUGUUUUCUCUUUAGAAACCCUUUUGUUAUCUUAUAUAUGGAUCCUUUUCAGGAUUUUCAAGCAUCGAAUUCAAGCCCUUCCACAGCUACUAUAACCCCAAAUUUCCCUGCAAGCCUUUCCAUGUCCGCCGUGGCCACCAACACAAACCCUUCACCGGCGGCUGCCAUGGUCGCCUUCUCCCCUUCCUCCUCUUCCUCCACUUCUCCUUCCACUCUCAGCCGCUACGAGAACCAAAAACGCCGUGACUGGAACACUUUCGGGCAAUACCUCCGCAACCACCGCCCUCCUCUCUCCCUCUCCCGCUGCAGCGGCGCCCACGUCCUGGAAUUCCUCCGGUACCUUGACCAGUUCGGGAAAACCAAAGUCCACACCCCACUUUGCCCUUUCUUUGGUCAUCCUAACCCUCCAGCUCCAUGCCCUUGCCCUCUCCGCCAAGCUUGGGGAAGCCUUGACGCCCUCAUCGGACGCCUCCGAGCCGCCUUCGAGGAACACGGUGGCAAGCCUGAAGCAAACCCUUUUGGUGCUAGAGCUGUUAGGCUUUACCUACGUGAGGUUCGUGAUUCACAGUCAAAAGCCAGAGGCAUAAGCUACGAGAAGAAGAAAAGAAAGCGACCCCCUCAAGUACCUCAACCUCCUCCUUCCACCUCUUAACGGAAAUAAAAAACCAGUAAGUAAAAAAUAAGCACGAAAAUAUGAAAAAAGACGUGAUCAUCAACCAGCUGCAUGGGGAAAAAAUUGGGUUUUGUCCCAAUAUUAUUCUAUGUUAAUUACUUUAAUGAAUCUCGUAUUAUCUUUUUAAAAAAAAAAUCAUUUCCCUUUUGUUAUUUUGUCAGGUAUUGCUCGCUUCAUUAAUGGAUAGUAGUUGUUUUUGCUAAUAGUAGAGCAGCAGUGUUUCUAUUAUUUGUAGUAAUUAAAGAUCUAUGUGACUUAACAUCUCAAUUUGUCAUUGAUAUGUACCUUUGACAAGCCAUUUAUGACAACCUAUAGAUUUGCAGAUCAA